CGUUUUAAGGGUUGCUAAGCGACACACAGCGGCUGCCCGCGGCCUUCUACGCCGCCUCAACAGCCGGGCGACGACGCCAGGGAGGGAAUCGCGCGCGGGAGUCAGCCGCUUCAGGGCUUCGGCCCCGCCCUUUCGUAGCAGCUUCGCACCGUUGACAAGCAAAUGUUGAGAGGAGCCAAAAUAGAAAAGUGAAUAAUUCGCUUCAGUAUACCUGAAAACAGGAGGGGUCCGUUGAAAAUAACUCUCCUGGAAACCACGCGCCUUUGAUUGCAACUUGUAAAACGUUUGUGCAGAAUGAAGAUGGCUGGCCCAUUGGGACACAUUGAAAUAAUAAUUCAGCAGCUUAACAAAUUCCAUCCUGAAAAUGAGAACGUUGGGCAUUUCUUGAAUGAAUCAGCUAAAGUAUUACAGAUUUUCAAAGUAACAGAUGAAAUCCCUGUACCUGUAAUGGAUAUCCUGUGUGGCUGUUUAGAAUAUAAAACUAUAUUGGAUGUGGUAGUCAAUGCAUUUUAUAUCCAAGAUGGUAAACAUUGCCUAUUAUCUGAGCGUAACAUGUAUAUUGUUAUUUGUUAUUUGGCUACUUUUCGACUAGAGGAACUAGGACUUCAGCAGUUCAGGAAAAUCAUCAAAUCAAUAGAUGCUGCUAAGAUAUGUAAGUUCCUUAGGUUCUUUUUCAAUGUGAUGAAUUUGCAAACAUGGAUAAAAGAUGAAUGGAGUCAGAUUUAUGAUUCGGUUUAUGUAAAUGAAAACUGGAUUGAACCACUGCAAAGAUGGCAGCCAAAAAUACAGGAAUUGAUCAAUCAGCUCGAUAAUAUUGCAGAUAAACACACUACUACAACUUUAAAGAAGACUGAGCCAAAUGAAUUUAACUUGACGAUCCCUAAUCCACGAGCUAUACUGAUUCCUGAGCAAAUUCCACAACAAGAGAAAACAAGACCUAUUCCCAAGAAUACUUACAAACCACCUAGAAUGAAGCAGCAUCUAGAAAGAAUCAGAUUGAAGAAUCGCCAGAAGGCGGAGGAACUGCUGCUAGAAGCAAAUGUUAAUCAAUUCAACUGUGCAGCCCCAAAGUUUGAUUACAAAUGCUCUAUGAAGGAAAUCCCAAACCUUGCUGAAAAAUUUGAGGCUCAGAAGAUCAAGAUCAAGACUGACAAUACUCCCGUUAGGCUAAAUGCAGCAGCAAUCUUAAGAGAAGGUGUUCUAUACCAAAGAAAAGUGGAACAGGAGCUUAAGAGAAUUGAACAUCUUCUCCAAGGAGCACAGGAUCCAUCAAAAUUUCUAGAAUGGCAAAAACAAAUGCGUGGGAAAGAUUUGGACCAACAGUUGACAGAAGCAGAAUGUAAAAAACUACAAGGAAAGCUAAGCUUUGAGGAUGCUAUUUUAGCACGCCAGUACUGCAUUCAGGAAAAGAAAAAAAAUGCUGAGCAGAAGAGAGAAGAGACAGCAGAAAUGCAUCACCAGUGUGCAGAAAGAUGCCUUCAUGAAAGGAAGGAAAAGGAAAAAAAGGUUCAGCAAGUGGCAGAGGGACAUAAAAAUGUGAAGCAAGCACAAACAAAACUCCAAAAAUGCAAACAGCAAAUAGCUCAAGAGAUAUCUAAAAAAAGCCAGGACAUACUACUUCAGGCUUUAAAAGAGGAAGAAGAGAAAUUUAAAAAAAAAUAUGAACUGAUUCAGCAAAUAAGAGCUAUAGAAUACCUGCCAUUUCUUAGAAAUAGAUUUAUUGACUUAACCAAGACUGCUGAUCAUGGUGUACUGGGUGAAAUGUCGUUUGUGGAACUUCAAGAACGUUUAACUUUGCUGAAAGAAUCUCAGCAAAAAGCAGAAGAAGAGAAGAGGGAUCUGAUAAUCCGUGAAAAACAUGCUAAGGAACAACUUCUUUUGGAUAAACUGGAACAAAUCUGUAUGUUCAGAGAACAAUUUGGCAGAGCAGCUGCAUUAAAACAGGAGGAAAACAAAACGAAGACUCCACUUCGUGAAGCCAUUUUAAAAGAGGAACAAGUUUUAGAUCUACAGAAAAAAAUUAUGGAAAAGUCUACUGAACGUAAAAUGCAAACUGAAUAUUUAAAAACUAAAUUUCUGAAGUCUAAUGAAAAAACCAAGCCAUCUUGGAAAUUAGACAAAAAAUCUGAAGGAGAGGAUCACUGGAAGAAAUGGGAAGAAAGUCGACAACAGCAAUUUAAAAUGCUUCAGCAAGGUCUUAUGUCUAGAGAUAAUGCUCAGAAAAUGGUAACAAAUGAAGCUAUGAGAACUGGAACCAAUGCUUGUAUAUUAAGAAGUUAGACAAAAUUGUUUCUAGAUGUCAUACUGUUUAGAAGACAUUUACUACUAAUCUGAUUCAGUUUUUGAUUUCUUGAACUACUUUAUACUUUACUAUAAAAAUGGCUAUUAAUUGGCAGCUGUUUUUAGUUUAUAUUAUGUUGGAACUAUAAUGCUUUUAACAUUUUUAGCUAUUAUAAUGCUAGUUUUCAAAAUAAAUAUGUGGUACUUUUUAAAUGUUAUAUUUUUCAAAUAAAUAAAAGGGAGACAAACAUGCAUUUUAAUAUUUUAAAAUAGCUUUUUUCAUUUAAGCCAAGAUAAUAUUUCAGUAUGCUAUAGUCAAAACUGUCUCGAGUAUAUCAAAAGCAAAUAAUGAGGGAAAAUAGUGUUUCAGAGCUUUGCUAAAUCUUGAAUCUCCUUUAAGAGGGAUCAAUUUCAGUGGUUUUUACAAAGAUUUCUUUUUUUCACCGUUUAUACAUUUUUAUUAGUUUAUCAAAAUAUAAAAUACAAAGAAAAAUAGAAAACUAGGGGAGAAAGGGAAGGAAAGACAAUAUAGGGGAGAAAGGGAAAAGAAAGAAAAACACAUUGCUUUCAACUCUCUUUAGUACAGUAGACCAUAAUAACAUUACAACCUAACUUUUUACUUUUACACAAUAGUAUAUACUCGUCAUUUCUAUAGCAAUAAACCUAUUUAAUCAGCAAAAACAAAAUCAGAGUUUCAUUUUUUUUUUCGUUGCAAG